GUGAUUGUCUGCUCUCCGAGCCGCCCUGAACGCGCCCCGCGGCUCCAUCCUGUACACCCGGCUGCUCGCUUGUUUGUUUUGAGGAUAAUUCCACCUCGUUACCGGGACCAGGACACACGGAUCGCCGCGGCCGCGGCACCCUGCGGAGUUCCGUGUGUAUGAUGUCUGGCAGCAGCUGCCAUGGCCUGCAGCAGCGCUCCGACCGACGCUGAGACUCUGGAGGGUUUCCAGGAGGUCAACCUGGCGUCUCCCACCACGCCGGACCUGCAGAACCAGGCGGAGCAGCAGCGCCCCCCGCCCCGCCACAGUGCUCCUCCCACCACCCUGUACCGCACACACUCCCUGGGAGCGCCCCCUGCUGGGCUGCAGGCCGACCGGCUGCCCACACAGCCCGUCUACUCCACGCCGCGACUCAGCCACAAUGGAAGCGUGCCUGGCCUGGAGGCGGAGUCGGUGGACGGCGGCCCGGGGGACGGGGACGGGGACGAGUGCGGCGCUCUGAGCGACGGCCUGUCCCGCCUGUGCAGCCCGUCGGUGAUGGAGGUCCGAGAGAAAGGCUGCGAGAGGCUGAAGGAGGAGCUGGCCAAGGCUCAGAGGGAUCUGCUGUUAAAAGAUGAGGAGUGUGACAGAUUGUCUAAAGUCAGAGAUCAACUCAGUCUGGAGCUGGAAGAGCUGACGGCCAGUCUGUUCCAGGAAGCCCAUCAGAUGGUCAGAGAGGCGAACGUCAAACAAGCCAACGCUGAGAAGCAGCUGAAGGAGGCUCUGGGAAAGAUUGAUGUCCUCCAGGCGGAGGUGCAGGCCCUGAAGACCCUGGUCCUGUCCUCGCCCACCUCCCCCGUGGGCGAGCUGCCGUCUGCGGGGGCCGGGAAGACCCCGUUCAGGAGGGGCCACAGCAGGAACAAGAGCACCUCGUCCGCCAUCAUGGGGACGCAGCCCGACCCGGCGGCCACUCAGCCCCUGGUCCGGGAGUGCAGAGAGGUGGACUCUCAGCUGUUCAGUGAGUUCAGGACCUGGAAGGAAGACCCGACUCUGGAGCGAAGCUGCAGCUUCCUGGACCGGGUCUACAGAGAGGACAUCUACCCCUGUUUGACCUUCAGCAAGAGUGAGUUGGGGUCGGCCAUCUUGGAGGCGGUGGAGCAGAACACCCUGAGCGUGGAGCCGGUGGGCUUCCAGCCGCUGCCGGUGGUCAAAGCGUCGGCGGUGGAGUGUGGAGGACCAAAGAAGUGUGCCCUGAGUGGUCAGACAAAAACCUGUAAGCACAGAAUCAAGUUUGGAGACUCGUCCAGUUAUUACUACGUGUCUCCGUACUGCAGAUACAGAAUCACCGUCGUUUGUAACUUCUUCACCUACAUCCGUUACAUCCACCAGGGACUGGUGAAGCAGCAGGACGUGGAGCAGAUGUUCUGGGAGGUCAUGCAGCUCCGGAGAGAAAUGUCUUUGGCUAAACUUGGAUUCUACAAAGACCAGCUGUGACCUGGACGGACGGCUCAUCCAAUCACAACAGACUCUGAGUUGGAGCUCCGCCCCCUGUGAGCUGGAGCUCCGCCCCCUCCUGUUCCUGAAAGCACCGAAGCAAAAAAACAAAAACAAACCUACAAUCAUUAAAUUAAAGACACUUUUAAUUAAAAUCCAGUUUGGACAGAAGGAGAGACAGACUGAGACUGGAAACAGUA